GCGUCUUCCUCGUGGCUUGGCUCUCCUGCUUCCUGACUUCUCUUGGACCUUGCUACGUCUCUCUCCAACAGGUUUCUACAUCCAGGUGCUAUCCGUUUGAGCCUGUGUUUCAGUCGUCGUCGUUGUCGUCCUCGCCGCCGCCUCCGCUUUCGCCGCACAGGUACUCCUCACGUGAAAUUACUUUUCGCCUCCAAGAUGCCUAUAUGGGACCCCCUCGUUCCUGCUGAACGAGCUAUCCAGCGCGGCCUGGCGCGUCUCCCGCCAGCCGUAAGCCAUUGGCUCGGGUAUCGAUCACAGACCUUACCACCAUCCCGUACAUGGCUUGUCUGCAUGUGGGGAUUCAUCGGCGCUUUUUGCGGACUCAGCACCAUCUUGGCUAUUUUCGGGCAUACAGACUACUUCAGAAGCCGUGCUGUACCACCCGUCAUCGCUUCAUUUGGUGCUUCAGCAAUUCUCUGCUACGGCGCCAUUGAUGUGCCUCUUGCCCAGCCACGUUCUCUGGUCUUUGGCCACUUCUUCAGUGGCCUAACUGGCGUCAUUAUCGCCACAAUUUUCCAGUUUGAUCUCGAAACCGAGCCUUUUCCUCGUCUCCAAUGGCUCGCAGCUUCACUCGCAACAGCCAUUGCCCUGGUCGUCAUGCAUCUCACAAAAACAACCCAUCCACCUGCAGGCGCAACGGCACUGCUUCCCUGCGUCGACCCGCACAUCUGGGCUCUGAGGUGGUACUACCUGCCCGUAUUGCUACUUAGCUCGUCUGUAGUACUAGUGAGCGCGGUGCUUCUGAUGAACCUGCAGAGGCAGUAUCCAAAGUUCUGGGUUGCGCAGAUUCCGCCAGCCCCAGCUGCGGAAAAGAAGGAAAAGAGCGUGGCCGAGAAGAAGACGAAUGCAUUGAAUGAGGGCUCGGAGGCUGGCAGUGCCCGGGAUACACUGCAGGAUAUGGAAAGAGGACCGUUGUAA